AUGGAAAGUAAAAAAUCGAACCUACCAACACAUCCGCCGAAAUUUGGGCACAACCGGCCAUUAUCGCAAACUGAUGAUGAUUCUAAACCGAAACCACAGGAUCCGCCUCCAUUAGACCCUGCGAGGUUUGAAGAAGCAGCGACAAUAUCGGCGCCGCCAAGAUUUCUGACGGGAAACAAGUCGAUUUACGACCACCUAGAAACAUCGUCAAACAAUAUGCUCUUCCCGCCGGCGCCGGUAGACGAGUUUCUGCCGAGCAAAAACGAAUCCUCAGAACAAUUUACCGGAGAUAAAGCAGUAUCGGACGUGUUCAACAGAAACUACGUGGACGCGGAGCUAAGAAGGCACAUCUUCGCAUACGGCCCGUACAGUCCGACGAGAAUUAGCAGGACGGGAAUACCGCGUCCGCACUCAUUCGUGCAGAACCCUGAGACGGAAAUACUGUACGAAACGACAAAAAAUCACGGCCUUAUACCGACGUUUGGAAAUCACAAAAUCGUGGACACGGGCUCAGCAAGUCCAAUAUACAUGACGCCCACAUUUACAUACCUGCCAGUUUUCGGAGGAUCGUUGAGCGAUAUGAGGCUGCCGUUUGGAGUACUGGUUCAGCCGUUCGCAGAAAAUGUAGAUGACACAGUGCCGCAACUGGACUUCCUGUCCUUCAUGGAAAAGAGGUCGAAGGCAAGGAGAGACCUGAUCAGGUGCAAAAACUGCCAAGCGUACUACAACCCGUAUAUGCACGUGAGGUCGAGGAACAGCAUGCGGGUGUGCAACUUCUGCUACGCGACGUUCCAGCUGACAGACGAGCAGAUGGAAGCAAUAGAUAGAAUCAACGCACACCACACGGAAAACACGCCGCUGAAAAAGGGAAGCGUGGACUACGUGGCGCCCUCGCACUAUUACACGAGAGUGAAGGAGCCUGGAGCAAUCUCGAGUCUUUUGACGAGAGCAGGCUCAAUUCCGAUGUUUAAGACGCAGGCGAAGGAAGAGGAGUACAUCUACGACACGUAUUCAGUGGCGCCAGUGCCAGCGGACAUGAGCGGAAACUACAACACGUUCGCGGCGACGUCCCAGGAAAACGGGGGAGAACAAUCAGUAAACGGAGGAGCCACGGAGGGUCAGCCGAUCCACGAGUUCCAGUACACGGAAGAUACUGAAAUAAAGUACCCAGUGUACACGUUCAUGAUAGAGACGACAUCGCAAGCAUCCAGAAUAGGGCUGAGAGAAUCGGUGCUCACGUCACUGAUCAACGCACUGAGUGCGCUGAAGGAAGAAGUGUUUGACCUGUGCGUGCUGUUCUUCGACUCAGCAGUGUACUCGUUCACAGUGGCGAACGGAAGGUUCGCAGUGAACGUAGUGAGUGAAGUGGAGGACAACUUUACGCCGUGCACAGCGUCGGAGAUCUUCUUGAGAGUGACGCCGGAAAAUCACGAGGAGGUGAAGGAGUACCUGGAAAAACUGCUGACAGUGCAGACGCUGAGGACGUCGCCGAACUGCUGCGCAAACUUCGCACUUAACUGCGCGCUGAGAGUGAUGAGCAGCGAGGACUGCUACGGAACGAUCUCAAUAUUCCACGCGACGCAGCCGGACAUAGGACUGGGGUCAGACCCGCAGAUGUUCGCGAAGUCGACCUUCACAAUGUCGGAGCUGCAAAUCAGCUUCUACAGCUCACUGCUGCAAGUGUGCUACGCAACAGGAAUAUGCGUGGACGUGUACCUGUGUCCGCCGGAGACGAGGAUACCGGGAGACAUACAGCUGAUGCACAUAGCGCAGCAGACAGGAGGAAACUGCGUGUACCUGCCGAGGUUCGAACACAAGUUCGACUACUUCAAAGUCUACCACGAGAUCGUGAGACUGCUGAAAGUGCCCUGCGGAUACAAGUGUGAGCUAAAGCUGCGCUGCUCAAAGCACAUUAAAAUCACGGAGCUGCUCUGCAGCUUCAACAACGCAAGAGCAGUGAAGGACUACUCGACGGUGACAGUGCCGAGAAUAGGGCCGAACCUGAGCAUCGGAUUCAUGCUCUCCCUCAACGACAUGGUCGACAACAAGACGGGACUGUACAUGCAGGUGGCCUGCCUGUACACGAACACGAAGGGAGUCCCGAUGGUGCGAGUGCACACCAACAGCACGCGAGUCAUCUCGAGCAUGAACGAAAUAUUCAGAAACACGAACCAGGACGCAAUCAUAAACCUGAUCGCAAGGAAGCUGGCGUACAACUACAUCAGGAACGGAAAGUAUAACAGGGACCAGUACAUAAGCAUGGUGGUGGAGGCGCUGACGGCAUACAGACACAUCUGCGCGUCGACGACGCCGAAGAACCAGCUGAUACUCCCGGACAACCUGAAGCUGCUUCCGGCGUACCUGAACGCAGUGCUGAAGUACGACAUCAAGGGCGAGUACGGCUUCGACUUCGUGAUGAAGCUGCUGGGGAUCCUGAACUCGUCGGUGAAGAUCACGCACUUCAUCUACGCAAGGACCUACAGCAUACACAGAAGCAUCUACGAGAAGCACACGACGCCGCCGGAGGGAGGAUUCAAGUUCCACUUCACCACGGUGCCGAGCGCGACGGAGAACGUGUACAGCGACGGCAUAUACCUGAUCGACGACGGAUACAAGCUGCUGGUAUUCGUGGGCCCGCACGUCAAGAGCACGGUCCUCUACGAGCUAUUCGGCCACGACUACCAGUUCCCGCACAUGUACGUGAACUCGACGGAGCUGAAGGACACGCCGACCUCGAGGAACCUGAUGGAGCUGGUCGAGCAGGUGCGCAGCCAGCACAAGGGGUGCCCGUACCUGCCGCUGAAGAUCAUCACGUACACGGCGAAGAACAGCAAGUACAUCAAGACGCUGAUGCUGGAGGACGAGCUGGGUGAGGAGCCGCGCUACUCGGAGUUCCUGGUGACGAUACACAGGCAGAUCCUGCAGUCGCGCGAGAAGCUGUUCUAG